AUGCUGGGGGACCGGAAGUGGUUCUCCUGCAGUAAGGCUCCGUCUGAUUGGCUGAAUCUGAUUGAAUCUUUCUGCCUUCCAGACGCCGUGAACCGCCGAGUCUUCUCCAUGGCCGUCAGACGUGGACAUAUCCGGUACCUGAAGGUGUGUGAGGUUCAGACGCCGCAGAGUGACGUCAGAGACGCUCAGCUGGUGUCCAAAGGAGCCGGGGGAAAGGAGCUGUACGACAACGGCUUUGUGGAGCAGGUGAUGGAGGACGACGACGCUCGGACAAACCUCAUUGUGAACUACCUGCCGCAGAGCAUGAGCCAGGACGAGCUGCGCAGCCUGUUCAGCAGCGUGGGAGACGUGGAGUCAGCCAAGCUGAUCCGGGACAAAGUGGCAGGUAACCCCCCCCCCUCGUCUCCGGCUGAGCCUGCGCCGGCCCCCGUGUUGUCCCAGCAGAGCCGAGCCCCUGGAGCCCGGACCAGGUCUGUGGGACCAGGUCUGUGGGACCAGGUCUGUGGGACCAGGUCUGUGGGACCAGGCCACAGUUUAGGUUACGGCUUUGUUAACUUUGUUAACCCUAAUGAUGCAGAGAGGGCUAUCAGUACCCUCAAUGGCCUGAGGCUACAGUCUAAAACUAUCAAGGUCUCCUACGCCCGGCCCAGUUCGGACAUGAUCAAAGACGCAAAUCUGUACAUCAGCGGUUUGCCGAGGACGCUGAGUCAGCAGGACCUUGAGGACAUGUUUGCGCCUUUUGGUCGAAUCAUCAACUCCCGAGUUCUGGUGGAUCAAGCUUCUGGUUUGUCCCGGGGCGUGGCCUUCAUCCGGUUUGAUAAGAGGGCCGAGGCCGAGGAUGCUGUCAAACAUCUGAAUGGGCACACGCCUCCAGGGAGCUCUGAACCAAUCACAGUUAAGUUUGCCGCCAACCCCAACCAGGGCAGGAACUCCCAGAUGAUGUCACAGAUGUACCACAGCCAAUCGCGGCGCUUCGGAGGUCCCGUCCAUCACCAGGCGCAGCGGUUCAGGUUCUCUCCCAUGAGCGUGGACCACAUGGGCGGAGGGGGCGGGACCUCGGGGAACUCCUCCUCUGGGUGGUGCAUCUUCAUCUAUAACUUGGGGCAGGAUGCUGACGAGGCCAUGCUGUGGCAGAUGUUCGGCCCGUUCGGGGCUGUUGUGAACGUGAAAGUGAUCCGAGACUUCAACACCAACAAGUGCAAAGGCUUUGGCUUCGUCACCAUGUCGAACUACGAGGAGGCCGCCAUGGCCAUCCAUAGCCUGAACGGGUACCGGCUGGGGGACAAGGUCCUGCAGGUGUCCUUCAAAACCAGCAAAGGACACAAGUAGAGAGGCGGUGCCCAAGGGUCCCACCUUAAGUAGUUCCUCUGUCCUCGGUUGGAUCUGCUGAAUUUGUUUUUGUCCCAGCAUGCGCUGUGUGUUUCUGUGUUUGGAGGGUUACGGGUGGAGCCUGCAGGAAUUGACAGCCAGCCACUUGGGACCCUUCCAUCCUAGCAAGUAGACUUAGCCCCGAGGAUCCCAGUCUGUUUCUUUUCUUUUUAACAUGGGAGAAGUUCUGAGUUGCUGUUGAACAUUAAAGGUUUAUCACUCACUAAAAUAACGUGUCCAGUCCAGCUUCAGACAAAAUGCACAUCACCAGCAGGUGAUCAGCUUUGAUGGGUGGGUUUCAGUCUGUGUCCAGUGCUGGAAAUGAGAGCAACAGAAACGUCCCGGUUCUCUUAAAUAAACUGUGAAAUGUGAAACCAGACUCUUGGCUUUUCUUCUGAGUGACGUGAAACUUAGAGGUAAACCGGUUCUGGUCUGGGGACAAAUACAAAGACGUUUAACCGAUAUCCAUGUUAAAUGGAUUCUAAAUGGUUCCAGUUCAACCAGGGCCAGUUAAAGUUUCCUGUUAGAGGAAACCAGUCCAUUUCCCCGACUCAUUCCACUGAUCUAAUCUAUUCAACACUGGGCUCAAACUC